AUGGCCAAAACGACGGUUGUGUUUUACAACAUAAUUAAUGACAAAGAGGACAAAAAUUCACAAAACGUUUUUUACAUCCCCAAACCGAUUAAUUCAAUAACGUUACAUGAUAUACGAAAUGGGUUUCCCUUGGCUGGCACUUACCACUUCAGAUUUAAAAUAAUUCAUAAUAACACCCCUGUGUGGGUUGAUAUCAGCGAAGAGUCCUCGCCAAUACCCAGCUUGAAUUCAUGUAUAUACGCCAAGGUUUUGAGACUCAGUUGGAUGGACCACAAGCGAACAAAGGAACCUCCUGGCGGGAAGCUUCUCGAUGAAGGUGUUCCAAAAUUGUACAAAAAUGAGAAAACCAUUUUCGACAUAAAAGAAAACAAACCACAUGACCAUGUGCAGAUGAUGAGUAAGACAAAGGGCAACAUUGACAUGCUGCUAUUUGAAAGCACUCCACAUAAGGAAGCUAUGCAUGUGGACGGCGGCAAGCGGAAAGGUAAGGGCGCGGAGUGA